ACUCAGUCAAGGAGUAAGUUUAGACAUAAGGUGUGUGAGAUCUGUAGACUUGCACUUGGACAUUGACUUUGCUGAGGAAAUGCCCUCUAGCUAACUCUGAGAGUAAUUGAAUCGAGUCUUUGCCCCCAGAGAGUCUGUCUGCUGCUCAGUUGAGGGUCCGCGCUUCCAAGGGAAGGAGCCUCGUAUCCAGCCUCUGACAGGGAACGGGAAAGAUGCUUUCUGGAGGCUAUCAUUUCACACUAGCGGCGCUUCUGGUUCUGCUGCCAUGGUUGUCAUGUUUCAAUGUGGAUGAGAAGAACGGGAUGUCAUUCAGUGGACCAGUGGAGGACAUGUUCGGAUACACUGUCCAACAGUUUGAGAACAGUGAAGGAAAGUGGGUUCUGAUCGGUUCUCCUCUUACUGGACAGCCGGCUCACCGGACCGGAGAUGUCUACAGGUGCCCUGUGGGACAAAAAAAAAACACUGGAUGUGAAAAAUUCAAUUUGUCAGAAAACACAACAAUUCCAAACAUAAAUGAAGUCAAGGAAAACAUGACUAUGGGGACGACGCUGGUGGUUAACCCAGACGGCAGUGGGUUUCUGGCCUGUGGUCCUCAGUAUGGCUACAUGUGUGGAAAACAGCAGUACAUCACUGGGAUCUGCUCUAACGUCAGUUCCUCCUUCAAAGUCCUCAAGCCCAUUGCUCCAUCUGUACGAGAGUGCAAGCAAGAUAUGGACAUUGUCAUAGUGUUGGACGGUUCCAACAGCAUCUACCCCUGGGAUCCCAUCACUGACUUUCUGAAAAAAUUUCUCCAGAAUAUUGAAAUCGGACCAGCCCGGGUGGGCAUUGUGUCGUAUGGUGAUGAUGUCGGUCAUGUCUUCAAUCUCAGCCAGUUCAGUAACACAGAAGAACUUGUUCGGGAAGCCGGCAAGAUACCUCAAAAGACUGGCCACAAAACCAUGACAGCUCUCGGCAUUGAUAUAGCAAGGAAAGAGGCCUUUACAGUGGAGCGAGGAGCAAGACCAGGAGUCAAAAAAGUCAUGGUGAUUGUCACAGAUGGGGAGUCACAUGACCGCUACGAUUUGAAACGUGUCAUUGAUCAGUGUGAAAAAGAUGGUAUUGAGAGGUUUGCCAUUGCUGUCCUUGGCGACUAUAAUCGGCAGAAUAAAACCAGUGAAGAGGUGAAGAAGUUUGUUGAUGAAAUUGAAUCCAUUGCCAGCGACCGCAAAAGCGAUCAUUUCUUCAAUGUGUCGGAUGAACUUGCUUUAGUGACCAUCGUUGAUGCCUUAGGAAGCAAGAUCUUUGCCUUAGAGGCCACAUCUGGGAACCACACCUCCUCCUUUGAGAUGGAAAUGUCUCAGUCGGGAUUCAGCGCUCACAUGUCUAAAGCAGGUAUCAUGCUGGGAGCCGUGGGUGCUUACGACUGGAAUGGGACUGUAUUGAUGCAGGCUGGGAAUGAGUUUGUCAUUCCAAAAAAAAACAGCUUCCACAACCUUGAGGUGCAGAGAUACGAAGGCAUGGCAGGAUACAUAGGUUAUGAUGUACAGUCAGCAUACACACCCAAUGGAGUGCUGUACAUCACAGGAGCACCACGGUUUAACCACAGCGGACGUGUCAUGGUGUACCGCUUCGAUGGAGAAAAUGUCACCAUAUCACAGACGUUGAAAGGAGAGCAGAUUGGCUCCUAUUUCGGCAGCGUCCUCCAGACGCAUGACAUCGACCGUGACAGUUACACUGACAUCCUUCUGGUUGGCGCUCCCAUGUAUAUGGGUCCAGAGAGAGACGAACAAGGUCAAGUCUACGUCUACAAACUCAAUAAGGAUGGGCUGUUUGAACAUGAGAUGACGCUGAAGCCGGUCAAUCAGACCUGUUGUACGGCUAACUCUCGGAGCAACUGUAAAAGCAUCAGUAAGAACGAGCCCUGCGGCGCACGCUUCGGCACUGCAAUCGCUGCUGUUCCUGACCUCAACCUGGAUGGCUUCAAUGACAUAGUGAUCGGAUCACCUUUGGAGAACGACCACAGAGGGGCGGUGUAUAUUUACCACGGUUCUCAGAAAUCAAUAAAGGAGAAGUAUGUACAGCGUAUUGCUGCUGGAGGAGAUGGAGUGAGCAUGAAGUUCUUUGGCCAAUCAAUUCACGGCAUCAUGGAUUUGAAUGAUGAUGGCAUCAUUGACGUCACUAUCGGAGGAAUAGGAGGGGCCGCACUGUAUUGGUCUCGGGAUGUUGCAGAGCUUCUUGCCGAGAUGACCUUCGACCCAAGCAAGAUCAAUCUGCAGCAGACCUGUCAGGUCCAUGGGAGGACCACAGUAUGUGUGAAGACCAAAGUGUGUUUCAAAUAUCGAAUCAAGUCUGACAAAGACACAAACACAGGAACUGUCAUCAAGUACAGUUUAACUCUGGACUCACUGAGAGCGAUUGCCAGAGGACGGUUUAACGAAACAGAGGACAGGACAUUGCAAAAGAACGUGUCAAUCGUUGACAAGCUUUGCAGAGAGCACAUCUUCUACACGUCGGAUAAACUGGAUUUCAGAGACCCCAUUAUGGUCACGCUGGAAUUCGGUUUAGCAGAUGAAGACACGGGUCCAGUCCUAGACGGGGAAUUACCGACGUCACUCAAUAAGACCAUUGCAUUAGUGGACUGCGGGAGUGACGACAAGUGUGUUGCUAAUCUAGACCUUAAGGCCAAAGCAAACAUCGCAAGUCUUCUCAUAAAAAACAACCAGGAGAAGUUCUUUGUCGAGAUAGACAUCCACAACAGUGGAGACAAUGCCUACAAUACCAGGGUUACACUGAGCCACACUGAAAAUAUCAACUAUGUGAAAGUUGAGCCUAAAGAGAAGGACUGUGAAACUAAUAAUACCAGAAUAGUAUGUGCAGUUGGAUAUCCUUUCCUCAAAAAUAAUAAAAUGGAAAGCUUCAAAAUCCAAUUUGAGCCCAAUCCCUCCCAUAUUCGUAAGGACAUUGUGAUUAAUGUUACUGCAACAACUGAUAGUGAGGAGGUUGAUUCAGCACUGAACUUUGUGAGCAUCAUCAUCCCUGUGAAGCAUGAAGCCAACCUGCGAUUCUUUUUAAACAAGUAUAUGAAGGAGGACCACAUCAUAUUGAAAGAGAAGGCGACAAUUCCCAGUGUUUUCAACCACACUAGUGUGAUCGGCGACGAGGUGAAAAUCAGCUACACGAUUGAGAGAGAUCUUGAAAUGCCGAGUCCUCCACUGCAGCUCACGAUAAAGUUCCCAUAUCAAACGUCUGCAAAAAACUUCCUGCUGUACCUUACAGAUAUCACCCAUACACAAAACAUCAGCUGUGAUGCCAGACAAUGGAUUAACCCUUUACGCAUCAAGCCUGACAACCCUCAUUCAGUGAAUCCUAAAAAAGAGACCUUGAGCAUCUAUCUUUUGAGUUGUAAAGAAGAUCAAAAUCCCUGUGUGUCAUUUAGCUGCUCCAUCCCUCCCGGAGACUUCAACCAGAUCAACACCACUUUCAGAGUGUGGCGACCCACCUUCAUAAAAGGAGAAUUUUCCAGCAUUCACAUGAUUGUCGAAGCCAAACUGGAGAACAAGGACACGGACCUGUUCGUGUUGAAUGAAAACGUCAAGACCAGAGAGGUGAAGAUUCAAGUCACCAAAGACAUACGAAGUGGAAUCCCAUAUUGGAUUAUUAUCCUCAGUAUCCUCAUCGGACUUUUAAUACUGGCACUUGUUAUCUUUGCUUUAUGGAAGGCUGGAUUCUUCAAGAGAAAAUCCGUUGAAGAUAUGAAGGAAGAUAUGAAGGAAUCUGAUUGAAGCCUGCGGUUCUGUAGCCUCCACCCCUCAGGUCAACUCAUACUACACCUCUAGCCAAGGUCAUCGAGAUCACAUAGCAGAACCAUCACUAGGAACAUUCAGAAACAUGAAGAUCAGAGUCUGGUUUUACAAACAGUGUAUUGUAGAGCAUACCAAAGAGAACCCAGCGCUUUGCUUGACACUUUGAUUUAUCUUCAUGUGCUCACUGCAAAAUUCAUCUGAAUGUGAACUCAAAUGAACCUCUGAGAUGCCACAAGAUUGGUAGACAUUUUGCCAAACCAUGAGAGUCAAGCUUUGAACAGCAAAGCAUCAAAGGUUCAUCUAGCCUGAUCUCAACAUCCCACCAGCCACGGACCCUCAUCUGUAACCCCCCUACGCCAUUCAUCAACAGCAUAGCAAGGCUCAGGAACCUGUCCUGGAAACAUCUAGAGUUAUCUACAGUCCUGUAAUCAGAACCAUACACUCUUAUUGGCAACAGGUUAAUAUAUGGAGGUCUAUUCCAAUAACUCACUUUUAGAGCUUGUUUCGAUGGAGCACUGUACAGUGAUGCUUUUCAGUUCAAAGCAUUUGUUUUGAUUCGUGUUAUGAGCUAUGAAUAUUGGCACAUUCCUUUUUGUUCACAAAGCAACAUUUUGGCACUGAUGUUUUUCACACUUUUUGUCUUCAAGAAUGAAGAGGAAAAGGCUUGUACUGUAAAUGUAAAGCUCAAAGUGUAUAUAAAGUUAUGUUUGCAAUAUUGCUUUAAUGAUGAAAUAAUGGCUUUAUCAAAAUAAUCGCACCAUCUUUAUUCAGUGUGAUACCUGUCUUGUUUUCUGAGGUAGAAAGCGUGUUGAUGCCCGCAGCGUUUCUCAGGUAUUCCAGAUGGGUUGCAGACUCAGCCAUAAAAUUGGACUGCCAUCAACUUUUCUUGUUCAGUUUUUGCCAUAUGUAAAUAUUAGAAAAACAAUUACUUGACCAAAAUAGAAAUGUUAAAGCUAAAGUGUGUAAUUUUAGCACCACCCAACUAAAUAAUGACUGUUUUCAAACAGGAUUUCCAAACGCUCUCCUAUUGGUCGACAGCCCUGCCUUAAACUCACACCAUUGGUUGAGUCAAUGUUGCUGUUGUCGGGCUGGUUGGGAAGAUCCAAAAAACAGCAAAAAAUUGGAGAAUUUGUAAUAAAUGUAUCAAUGAUGCAUUAAGCCAAUUCUGUUAAAGCAGGAAAAAAAAUGUUAGCUACAUUAUUUCUGGUUCUGCAGUUAUUGUUUUUUUCAGGGGUCUUUAUGUUUUAGACAUUUUAAAUGUUUUGUUUUUGCAAUAUUAUUCUUGCAACAACUAACUAUAGUGUGCCACAACGUUCCUUCCCCUUUUCAUUUUUCUUUGUAAAAUCCAUGUGCAUGUUAAUCUUACAUUGCAAGCUUUUGUGCAGCACAAAACACCGCUAUUUACAUGUUCACAAUUUACUGUUCGCAUGUUCCUACUGAGUUCCAUCAGUGAAAAGAUGUUUUGUUUUCAAUAUACUUGAUUUUUAAGUUUCCUGUUUUUGCCAAAAACAUGAAAGCUCAGAAUGUGGCAGAGAUGCUAGAAAUUUUGCUUGACCCUCAAGUGUGAAUAUCACAUUCAGAGAGAAGGAGCAGUUUUCUCAACUCUGUUUUUUCUGUUUUUAGAAUAUGAGUGCUGAAUAUAAUUAAAUUAUUUUUUAUUUAAUUUUGAUUUAAAUCGGUUGUUUAAUUGAACACUCAUUCAUUGGCAAAGAUGUGAAUUGUGUUCUGCAGGAAGUUUUAGAAAAAUCUUUCGUAUUCAUGUGGUACUGCCUUAUGAUCUGUAGUACGACUUAUAAUACAAUUCUCAUUUCAACACAAUUUUUUUCUUUUAAGUCGGCAUGAAAAGUUUUAUUUCUAUGUAGAUUCAAAGGUGCUCACAGGCUCAAUUUCAUAUUUGGCACUGCAACUUUAACAUCCACUGUCAUAUCUUUGUAUCAUCCAGUCACAUCAUUUUUUUUUUUUCUUGUAUGUUAAAUGAGAUGCCAACCAUGAUUCUAUUGUAUAUAAUAUCACAAUCAACAGUAUUCAUGUUUUAAACGUAUAAAAAGUGUGUAAAAAUAAGUUGUUUAAAACAUGUAGGAUAAUCAAGCCUCACUCUCAGAUGGAGACCAUCGUCUUGGGCACAUGUGAGACACUCUGCUGUGAAGUUUCUAUGUAAUGCACUGGUUUGUCAUAUUGUACAUAUUUUUUCAGCAUGGAUUUUAAAAGCCUUGCACUUAUUGUUAAGAAAAUGCGCAGCAAAAAAAAUAAAUGCUUAUUUUGUAAUUUA